AUAGAAAAAUAAUUGUGAAAGUUGACUUUUCCAUAUUCCGAUUUCUAUAAAGCGAACACCUAAGCAGCUAUCGAGUUAUCGGCCAAAGUCACAUCACCAGUUGAUGUGAGUAUUAAAAAAAUAUAUAGCUUACAGAGUACAAAUGGCAUCGACAUCCAGACUGGACAACAACAAGGUGUGCUGCUACGCACACCCCGAAUCUCCGCUCAUCGAGGACUACAGGGCUGGCGACAUGAUUUGCUCCGAGUGUGGUCUGGUGGUUGGGGACCGCGUAAUUGAUGUGGGCUCCGAGUGGCGUACCUUUAGCAACGAAAAGAGCGGCGUGGAUCCCAGUCGUGUCGGUGGACCGGAAAAUCCGCUGCUCAGUGGCGGCGACUUGUCCACCAUAAUUGGUCCGGGCACAGGAUCCGCAUCCUUUGACGCAUUUGGAGCACCCAAGUACCAGAACAGACGCACCAUGAGCAGCUCGGAUCGCUCCCUCAUAUCAGCCUUUAAGGAGAUAUCCUCGAUGGCCGAUCGCAUCAACUUGCCCAAAACCAUUGUCGAUCGGGCCAACAACUUGUUCAAACAGGUUCAUGAUGGAAAGAACCUCAAGGGUCGUUCCAAUGAUGCCAAGGCAUCUGCUUGUCUGUAUAUAGCUUGUCGCCAAGAAGGAGUUCCUCGCACAUUCAAGGAAAUAUGUGCUGUCAGCAAGAUCAGCAAAAAAGAGAUUGGCCGUUGCUUUAAGCUAACAUUAAAGGCUCUCGAGACCAGUGUGGAUCUCAUAACCACUGCGGACUUCAUGUGCCGAUUCUGCGCCAACUUGGACCUGCCGAAUAUGGUUCAACGCGCUGCCACGCACAUUGCAAAGAAAGCCGUCGAGAUGGAUAUUGUACCGGGACGUUCGCCAAUUUCUGUGGCCGCAGCCGCGAUCUAUAUGGCCUCACAAGCAUCCGAGCAUAAGAGAAGCCAGAAGGAGAUCGGUGAUAUAGCCGGUGUGGCCGAUGUCACCAUCCGUCAGUCCUACAAACUUAUGUAUCCGCACGCAGCUAAGCUCUUCCCCGAGGACUUUAAGUUUACCACUCCCAUUGAUCAGUUACCACAGAUGUAAUUCUUUUUCGUAGAUCCGAUGCUCAAUACUAACGCUAACGUUAAGUGAAGGAAAAUUCCUAAUUUAAUCACAAAUUACGAUUUUAUUAAAUAAAGUUAGCAUAACUAAUAUUCAAAUAGAACUGUUGGACCAAUCAGAACAUAAUUAAAUCAUUGUUAAAUUAAUUAGCUGAGUUAAACCCAAA